UCAAAGAUGAUUUUUUUAUAGGUGCCCCGGUUUGGGUAUUUUAACGUUAAAUAAUGGGUUAUGGGACUAAAUAUUACAACUUUAUUGCAAACUAAUACCUACUCCUAUUAUCUAUACAAACUCAAAGAUGGCAAAUCAUUACGAGGUGCCGAACUGGGCUGGAAAACCACCAACUGGGCUUCACUUAGAUGUGCUAAAAGGUGACAAAUUGAUACAAAAACUGAUGAUAGAUGAGAAGAAAUGCUACCUGUUUGGUCGCAACCCACAGAUGAAUGACUUCUGUAUAGAUCAUGCAAGCUGUUCCAGAGUGCACGCUGCAUUUGUGUACCAUAAAAACUUGUACAGGGCUUUCUUGGUUGAUUUGGGAAGCACUCAUGGUACAUAUAUUGGCAACAUGAGACUGGAGGCCCAUAAGCCAACACAGUUGCCAAUUGAUUCCACUUUUCACUUUGGAGCUUCCACAAGGAAUUAUAUUAUCAGAGAGAGACCAACAGGCAAUGCUCGGGGUAUUAUGGAAGAGUUACCCAACACUGAAACAGAAGGCGCCUUGCUCGGGUUGCCCGAAACACAGACUGAAUUAGAUAAUCUUACGGAGUUCAAUACAGCACACAACAGAAGAAUUUCAAUGUUGGGCAUAUCAACUGAUGAUGGCACCGACGUUUUGAAGCCCCCAACUGGUACUAAGCGAUCAGCUUCAAUGACCGGCGGGGUGGCAAAGAAACAGAAACGCAACGUGUCGUUCAAUGAAGAGGUGGACAUCAUCAACCCGGAGGAUAUUGACCCCACAGUGGGCCGAUUUAGAAACCUCGUGCGGUCCACCAUAGUACCCAAUGCUAACGCGUCCACAAGGAAACUAAAAUUGCAGAGUGCUGAUGAAAGUCAACACCAUCAUUCGCUGCGACUGCAGGAAAUAUCUAGAAGCAACACACUAUACUCGGAUCUGCCGGCGCCUAGCUCGCAUUUAAGUCUGAUUGGAGCGAGAUUGGGUCUUUCAUUACCGAAUCCAGCACCUGACGUGGAGUUGGAGGGGCCGGAACCUCAUCUCAAUAUUCAUCCUCCCUUGCCCCAUACUGCGGCAGAAGAAUCCGGUCCAUCGAGCGAGCCGAAAAAGAAGAAAUACGCCAAAGAGGCAUGGCCGGGAAGAAAACCCGGUGUCUGAGUGUAACCAUACUCGCACAAUAACUAUAUUGAUUCAAAAGUUCAGCACAAGUGAAAAGCUAAUUUUUUACAAAAACUACAACUGUGGUAUCCUAUCCCUAGUGUAUAUUGGCUAAUUUCUAAUGCGUCCGACACACAUUGGCCCGAGUUGAUCGGCCUACGUGUAAACGCGCAUGCGAGUUGUGCAGUAUGUUUAGAUGUUUGUAACAACGGUUUCUAUUUUCACAACUGGUAACGGGAUGCCAUAAAUUGAAGCAUGCUCGUAGGUUUAGUUUUGCCCAAAGGUGCGUAAAUCUGUCUGUCUGUGCCGCUACGCGCAUGCGUGUCACACUCAAGUGAAUUUAUCUUCACUUUUUUAAAUUAGUUUGAGCCUUGCCUAUCGGUGUUUUAUAGUAUUUUUGAUUUGAAGGACACCUGGUCACAUGCGGCAAAUGUAUGCCAGGUGGCUCUGUACCUUCACGUUAGUAGAGUGCAUUGGGUUGGGCUUAUGUGUACUAAAAUCUUUAGAACGCGUGUUAAAAAUUAUAAUAAGUCCAGUUUUAGAAGAAUGGUAACAGAGCCUUUGCCAAAAAAAUUGUAUCACGGGCAAAAAAAAUUGCCGCUAAUUUGGUCCACUGAGACACGCAAUAGUAUGUUUGCUGAAAUCACUUUCGUACGUUUUAAGUAUGAGGAAGUCAUCAUUAAUUGUAUCACUAGGUAAAAUAAAAACAUUAGGUAGUUAGUAUUAUGGUAGAUAAUCGACUGAAAAAUUGUUGAUAAGGGAUAAGAGAAUUACAAUUAAAUAACUUGUUACUUAUAUUUAAGUAAAAUUAAUAAUAACUUGCGAGGAAUUUAAUAUAUUACGCGUAGAAUGUGUAGUACCUAUUAUUAUAAUAGAGCAAGCGCCUGUGAGGGCCAGACCUUCGUUAUUUUAUAAAAGCUGAAAGUUUCUUUGCGCAUUGUACCCAACAAAGGGAGGUACCAGAUACCCUUAAACUUUAAUAAAUUGUUAAAGUUAGGAUAUCUGGCAUAGGGUUGCCACGAUACUAAAUGUCUGGCAAUGCAUGACGUGAUUUCUAAUACUAUUCUGAAGAUAUU